CAAAUAUGCUUUUGUACAGUUCAUUGUAAGAAAUAUUUCAUUUUUAGAUCAAACAAAACAAUGUUUCGAUAUACGAUUUUACUAUCUGUCUUGCUGGACAUGACGCAAAGCUCUCCCCCACAUAUUGUUAUGAUAGUAGCUGAUGAUAUGGGAUUUAAUGAUGUGAGUUUUCAUGGUUCUAAACAAAUCCCUACACCAAACAUUGAUUAUCUUGCAAAUAAUGGGAUUAUACUUAACAACUACUACGUUUUACCCAGUUGUACUCCCACAAGAAGUGCAAUUAUGACUGGAAGAUAUCCAAUACAUACAGGUAUGCAGUCAGGGACGAUAUAUGCAGCUAAUGCAUGGGGUGUAGGAUUGGAAGAAAAAAUGCUACCUCAAUAUUUGAAAACAUUGGGAUACAAAACCCAUGCUAUUGGAAAGUGGCACCUUGGUUUCUUUGCACGCGAUUACACACCAUCGCGGAGAGGUUUUGAUACCUUUUAUGGAUAUUAUGGCGGUCAAGCAGAUUAUUGGGACCAUUCAUUAGCAUCAAACGGAUAUUGGGGAUUGGAUUUACAUAAGGAUACACCCUCGACUAGUAAAAAUGUGUGGACGCAAUGGGGUAAUUAUAGUAGUAACAUGUACUCCCAUGAAGCUGUAGAUCGCAUCAAAGGUCAUAAUUUGAGCGAACCAAUGUUUCUCUAUGUGGCAUAUCAAGCUGUUCACAGUGCUAACCUUGUGGAAGAUCCUUUACAAGCGCCUCAAAAAUGGAUUGAUAAGUUCAAACAUAUCAAACAUAAUGGCAGACGAAAGUAUGCAGCUAUGAUGGCAGCAAUGGAUUAUGGAAUUGGCAUGAUUUACAAAGCACUGGAAAAGCGUGGCAUGUUGGAUAACUCAAUUAUAAUAUUUACCUCUGAUAACGGUGGUCCAGCAAAUGGAUUGGAUAUGAAUUGGGCAACAAAUUAUCCCUUGCGUGGUGCAAAAACUACUGUUUACGAGGGAGGUGUCAAAGCUGCGGCUUGUGUUUACAGCAAGCUUUUUAAAACUCCAGGACAAGUAUCACGUGAUAUGAUGCAUGCCACUGAUUGGUUGCCGACUUUACUAUCAGUUGCUGGUUACAACACAACAGAUUUGCAUUAUCUUGAUGGAAUGAAUAUGUGGCAAACACUGCAGAAGAAAUCCCCUUCACCAAGAAAUGAAAUACUUGUUAAUAUUGAUCCUCAUGUUUAUCAUAAUGCAGCUCUUAUUGUAGGGGACUGGAAACUAGUUAACCAAAGUCGUUUUUAUGAUGGAUGGUACCCUCCUCCCGAGGUAGAGAAUUCUUAUGAAAAUAGCCGUUACUCCUUCACUGAUGACAUGAAUGAUUAUGUAAGGUUCGAAGGAAAAAAUGAUGCUCGUAUUAAAUGUGGACAUAAACCUUUGAAAGUGUCUUACUGUGGUGGCAAGAAAUAUCGACCUUGCCUAUUUAACCUUAAAGAAGAUCCUUGUGAGUACACAGAUGUUUCAAAAGAUCAUCCAAUUAUUUACAAGAAAAUGUUGGAUCGAUUGCAAGAAUACAGAGAUGGCAUGGUGAAGUCAAGACGAACCACAUAUCGUGAUCCAGAAGCUAAUCCUAAAUUAAAUAAUGGUGUGUGGGGUCCUUGGAAGAAUUUGUUAGUAUGAUUGAAACUUGCAGUAUCUUGGUAACAUGGUAGUCUAAUCUACUGUAUGAUUGUAUCGUUUCACGUUGGAUGUGUAACACCAUGUUGUUUCGCAGUAGAUCGCUAAAUGUGUAAAAUUUUCUUCGAGUUGAAACGUUUUUUUGCCUGUAUCGCAUUAUUUAUAGAUUUUUUUAUUAUCAUAUAUUUGUUAUUUAUUGCUUUUUUGAAUUAAACGCAUUGUACGGAUUAAUUAAAUUUGUAAAUUUACUGUAGGAAUUUUUAAAUUUAAAAUUUGUAAAAACAGUUUUUCUCUAUUCAGCAUCGUUGCGAAUGUAACGUUAAUUAGGUCUGUAAUUAUUGGGCUUCUCCAUCCUGA